GCGGGGCCGGGCGGGCGGGACGCGGGCCGGGGGGCGCGAUGCGCGGCGCGAUGGGGAUCGCGAUGCGGGUCGCGAUGCGGACGCUGGUGCUGGCGCUGUGCGCGCUGCGGGCCAGCGGCACCGAGCUGACCCUGGAGCUGCCCGACAGCGCCCGGCGCUGCUUCCACCAGGAGCUGGAGCGCGGCCUCAAGUUCACGCUGGACUACCAGGUGAUCAGUGGGGGACACUACGAUGUGGACUGCUACGUGGAGGACCCCAAUGGCCAGACCAUCUACAAGGAGACCAAGAAGCAGUACGACAGCUUCCCGCACCGCACUGAGCUCAGUGGUGUCUACACCUUCUGCUUCAGCAAUGAGUUCUCCACCUUCUCCCACAAAACCGUCUACUUCGACUUCCAGGUGGGCGACGAGCCACCAAUCCUGCCCGACAUGAACAACCGUGUCACCGCCCUGACACAGAUGGAAUCUGCCUGCGUCACCAUCCACGAGGCCCUGAACACAGUGAUUGACUCCCAGACUCACUAUCGCCUGCGCGAAGCGCAGGACCGGAGCAGAGCUGAAGACCUCAAUGGCCGAGUCUCAUACUGGUCCCUUGGGGAAACCCUCAUCCUCUUUGUGGUCAGCAUUGGGCAAGUGAUGCUGCUCAAAAGCUUCUUCACUGAGAAGAGACCCGGCAGCGGUGGAGCCGGCACCUAGAGCCAGUGUGUGCCGGGCUGCGGGGGACUGGGCAGGCAGACAUCUCCAGGGUCAUGUUUCCUUCUGGUUUUCAUAAGGUGCUGGGGGGUGGAUGGCAGGGCAUGACACUGCUGAGCCAGAUGGGAAAUGGUCACCAAGCAGGGGCAUCCCCGGCCAAUCCCCCCAGCAUCACCUCCUGCUUUACCUUCUCCCUCCCUGCCGCCCCAUCCCCUCGCCCCGCCAGUCUGUGCCCACUCCCCAGUUCCUUCAGGAAGUGGGUGAGUGUGCUGGGGUUUGGCACCAACACCCUGGCCCCUCCAGUGCCCCUGCAGAGCCCGAUGUGGCUGCAGGGCACAGCCUGGCAUGCAGCGAGGCUGGCAAGGGGAUGGUGAUGCUGACCCCCCUAGUGCCCGCUUCCCUGCCCCAAGCCAGGGCAGAGCUGCUCUGUGCCUGUGGGCAGAGGAGGGGGACCACGGUUCCCCUUUUCUUCAAGGCCACCAGUAGCUUCCCGGGAGCCCCUGGCACAAAACCAGGAGCAGGGUUUCAGCAGGGGCUUUUUAGGUCAGUGGUUUCCUUUGCUUUGCAAGCCCCUGUCCUCACAGCGAAGCAUUUUCCAGGUGCUUCCCUGCCACAGGAGCAAGUGCCAUGCUCUGUACACGGUGGUAUUUUCAUACUUAACACCAGUCCCUUCCUGAGGCUUGUUCCCCCUUGCACCCCAUCGUGCCCAGUGGGCACAGGUACAGCUCUGCCCCCCCACUGAGGAAGCCCCAUCCCCAACCUGCAGCAGCCAGGAUAUCCUGUGUCCCUGGGAUUGCAGCCACAUUCCCUGGAGCCCCACAAAGCAGAGACCCCCACAAGAGUCCCUGGGAGCCCGCCCUGUGCGGGAGCACCCCAGCCCUGGGGAGAGCAGGGGAUCUGCUCCGCAGCUGCGGCAGCAUUGCUGCUGUUUCACUUUGCCACUUGGUAAUAAAGCCCCGUGACUGUG